CACUUUUGUUGCUACAUCCAUAGCGUGCUCUUUCAGACUCGAUCCUGUCUAUGGCAUUUUGUCAUGAUCUGAUCGACCAAGGUAAAUGUUUCUAGUUAUUUGACUGAUGUGGCCCCAAAAAGCAUCUUAUCAGAGGGGCGGAUGGUGAUAUGUCCACUGAAUAUAACCUUGUCAAGGAGAAAAAGAGGAGCUGUAUAAUGCAUGCAUUGACUGUCUCUAAUCCGAUGAGCUUUUAGUUAUCCUCAGUCAAUGGUCUCUUGUCAUCAUCACAACCUAAAAGCAGCAGAAAACAAAGAACAUGAAUGAAAGCAUCCAUUCUCUAUGCAUAGAACUUGAGAAGUGGUGACAUUGGUGAGGCUUAGAGAGGUUGAGUGGGCUAACAACUCCAUGAGUGUUUGGAAUUUUCUGUUAUCAAUAGCUAGUAAAGCUAGCCAGCCACCAACUCCGGCUUUCUGUUGCCGUUUGCUGGUCCAUCUGUCUCAGAGAAUAGUUCACUAGAAAACUCUAUAUAGACCUCCCUAAAACACCCUGAACACCUUGCAUUUUCUCUUCCCAUUUCAAAGGCUCUUCUGUGGAGACCAUUCCAAAAAGAAGAGAAGCGAAAAUGAGUCAAUCCAAGAACUUCCUCAUCAUUCUCUGUGUUCUUGCUCUGGCUCCACUCAGUCUCUGUGGCAAGGCAGGUUAUGGGGGUUACCUUUAUCCACAAUUCUAUGACCAAUCUUGCCCCAAGGCUCAAGAGAUAGUGAAAUCGGUGGUGGCCAAGGCUGUCGCGAAAGAGCCUCGCAUGGCCGCUUCGCUCCUCCGCCUACAUUUCCAUGAUUGCUUCGUUAAGGGCUGCGAUGCAUCGCUAUUGCUGGACAGUAGUGGGACUAUAACCAGUGAGAAGAGGUCCGUCCCUAACACAAACUCAGCCAGAGGCUUUGAAGUACUUGAUGAGAUCAAAUCUGCACUGGAGAAGGAGUGCCCUCACAGAGUGUCUUGUGCUGAUCUGUUGGCCUUAGCUGCCAGAGACUCCACUGUUCUUACUGGUGGACCUAGCUGGGUAGUGCCACUCGGAAGGAGGGACUCAAGAGGGGCAAGCCUCAGUGGCUCUAACAACAACAUUCCUGCUCCAAACAACACUUUCCAGACCAUUCUCACCAAGUUCAAGCUUCAAGGACUUGACAUUGUUGAUCUCGUUGCCCUCUCUGGAAGCCACACAAUUGGAAAUGCAAGAUGCACCGUGUUCAGGCAGAGGCUCUACAACCAGACUGGCAACGGGCAGCCCGACUUCACGCUCGACCAAUCCUACGCCGCUCAACUCCGCACCCGCUGCCCGCAGUCCGGGGGUGACCAGAACCUCUUUUUCUUGGACUUCGUCAGCCCGAUAAAGUUCGACAACAACUACUUCAAGAACCUGCUGGCUUACAAGGGGCUCCUGAGCUCCGACGAAGUCCUCGUGACGAAGAACCAGGCCUCGCUGGCGCUGGUGAAGCAGUACGCGGAGAACCAAGAGCUCUUCUUCAAGCAGUUCGCCAAGUCCAUGGUCAAGAUGGGCAACAUCUCGCCAUUGACAGGGUCCAGGGGAGAGAUCAGGAAGCAUUGCAGGAAGGUCAAUAAAUACCAGUGAGAAGAAGAAAUCUCCAAUCCAGUAAUUGGAUUUACCUCUUCCACUUCGGGAAUGAAUCAGUUUGAGUCUUAAAUUGUUUGCUUUGUCCUGCUCUGUUAUGGCUGUUGUGUACUGGAAUUGCAGAAUCGCAACUUCUUGUUUUGUUUGAAUGAAGUCAAUAACUUCUCCUUUAUAA